AUGAAAGGCUACGUGCACUUGUCUGACCCCAUGAACCGAUAUGUCACCACGGAGGACUCCCACGGCAACAGCCUGCAGGAAGAGGAAGAAGGGUCAUAUGCGGCUGUUGACAAAUGGUCCGACCAACUGAUGGACCACCUACACAACCUGGGACUCAACACUACAUCAGCCUGGGAGAACAGGACAGCGUGGAGAGACCAAUGUCGAGGUGCUCCGCACCUUUCCAAGGGGUUAGCGAAGACGAGGUGUGAGGCUGGUUUCUGCUGCACCGGCCGUGACCCGUCGUGCAUCAGUAAGGGAUGGAGAGCUGACCGUUCGUAUGGCACCUGCUAUUGCAACCAGGCUUGUACCUCUACCCUGGACUGCUGUCAUGAUUAUGAGCUACCCUGCCCAGCGGUGUCCUGUGUGGUGAGUGAGUGGAGUGCGUGGUCUGGCUGUGCUGAGCCCUGCAGGGCCACAGUUCGGGUGAGGAGCAGGCAGGUCCUGCAGGAGCCCCAGCACGGGGGGGAACCCUGUCCACACAUAGAGGAGCAUGCCGGCUGUGCAGAGUACCGGGACCACCACCGGCAGUGCAGCAAAUCACCGGUACCGGCUCUCAUCACUAACAGUGACUAUAGCAACGCCAGGAAGAAGAGAGACAUCCCUGUUAUCAAUGAUGAUGAUGUGCAGUUCCAGCUGACCUCCCUGACUCCUGGGUGCCAGCGUAGUGUGGGGCCACACACCCGCUGGAUGCAGUACCUGAAGGAGGGCCACCAGGUGUGUGUGGAGUGCCAGCCUCCUGCCCUCGCUGCCGGGCAGAGACACUGCUCUGGCGACGGUGAGGAGGAGGAGAGUGGCAGGCAGGCAGUCUCUGCAGUGGGGAACACCAGCUGUUGUGGUGUGUGGAGACGUGUUGGGAGACUAGACUCCUGCUCCUGUCCCACUGUCCACAGCUUCCUCUUCAUAUAACCCUGGACAGCUUCCUCUUCAUAUAACCCUGGACAGCUUCCUCUUCAUAUAACCCUGGACAGCUUCCUCUUCAUAUAACCCUGGACAGCUUCCUCUUCAUAUAACCCUGGACAGCUUCCUAUUUAUUUAACCCUGGACAGCUUCCUAUUUAUUUAACCCUGGACAGCUUCCUCUUCAUUUAACCCUGGACAGCUUCCUCUUCAUUUAACCCUGGACAGCUUCCUCUUCAUAUAACCCUGGACAGCUUCCUCUUCAUAUAACCCUGGACAGCUUCCUCUUCAUAUAACCCUGGACAGCUUCCUCUUCAUAUAACCCUGGACAGCUUCCUCUUCAUAUAACCCUGGACAGCUUCCUCUUCAUAUAACCCUGGACAGCUUCCUCUUCAUAUAACCCUGGACAGCUUCCUCUUCAUAUAACCCUGGACAGCUUCCUCUUCAUAUAACCCUGGACAGCUUCCUCUUCAUAUAACCCUGGACAGCUUCCUCUUCAUAUAACCCUGGACAGCUUCCUCUUCAUAUAACCCUGGACAGCUUCCUCUUCAUAUAACCCUGGACAGCUUCCUCUUCAUAUAACCCUGGACCGCUUCCUCUUCAUAUAACCCUGGACAGCCUCCUCUUCAUAUAACCCUGGACAGCCUCCUCUUCAUAUAACCCUGGACAGCUUCCUCUUCAUAUAACCCUGGACAGCUUCCUCUUCAUAUAACCCUGGACAGCUUCCUCUUCAUAUAACCCUGGACAGCUUCCUCUUCAUAUAACCCUGGACAGCUUCCUCUUCAUAUAACCCUGGACCGCUUCCUCUUCAUAUAACCCUGGACAGCCUCCUCUUCAUAUAACCCUGGACAGCCUCCUCUUCAUAUAACCCUGGACAGCUUCCUCUUCAUAUAACCCUGGACAGCUUCCUCUUCAUAUAACCCUGGACAGCUUCCUCUUCAUAUAACCCUGGACAGCUUCCUCUUCAUAUAACCCUGGACAGCUUCCUCUUCAUAUAACCCUGGACAGCUUCCUCUUCAUAUAACCCUGGACAGCUUCCUCUUCAUAUAACCCUGGACAGCUUCCUCUUCAUAUAACCCUGGACAGCUUCCUCUUCAUAUAACCCUGGACAGCUUCCUCUUCAUAUAACCCUGGACAGCUUCCUCUUCAUAUAACCCUGGACAGCUUCCUCUUCAUAUAACCCUGGACAGCUUCCUCUUCAUAUAACCCUGGACAGCCUCCUCUUCAUAUAACCCUGGACAGCUUCCUCUUCAUAUAAUCCUGGACAACCUCCUCUUCAUAUAAUCCUGGACAACCUCCUCUUCAUAUAAUCCUGGACAGCUUCCUUCCUCAUAUAAUCCUGGACAACCUGUACCAGUAUCUCCCAUAACAAUUGGUAUGAAACCUCUGCCAACAUAUAAGUAUUGUUUAUAUGGGUGUUUUGGGUCAUUUUGUUCUCUGGUUGGACAGAAUCCUCCUUCUGAAACAU